ACCUCUAGAUUAUCAGUUGAACGGCUGAUUUUCGGCUGAAAAUUUUCCCAAGUGGGGAGCAUUGUUAUUAUAUUUUUUCUUGGUGGUGGUGUGUGUGUGUGGGUCAAUGGAUAAGUGGAUAUAAAGAUUAAAUAAAAUAAAUUAAAAAAUUACCACAAAAUAUACCUAUAGGAAUAUAAAGUCAAUUAAUAAGCCGAAAAUCAUCCCUUGCCAAAUUUUCAUAGAAAACAAGAAAAAUGGCCCAACAACAAGAUCAAGCACAACAACAGCAAUUCGCUUUACUCCCUAAAAUCAUCAAUGGAGGUAUUGCUGGCAUCAUUGGUGUAUCAUGUGUGUUCCCCUUGGAUUUGGUUAAAACUCGUCUGCAAAACCAACAAGUGGGACCAAAUGGCGAGAAAAUGUACAAGAAUAUGUUCGAUUGCUUCCGAAAAACAUAUCGUGCUGAAGGCUAUUUUGGCAUGUACCGUGGCUCCGGUGUCAAUAUCCUUCUCAUUACACCCGAAAAGGCUAUUAAACUGACUGCCAAUGAUUAUUUCCGUCACAAAUUAACCACCAAGGAUGGUAAACUACCAAUGACAAGUCAAAUGGUUGCUGGUGGUUUAGCCGGUGCAUUCCAGAUUAUUGUAACAACUCCCAUGGAAUUGUUGAAGAUUCAAAUGCAAGACGCCGGUCGUGUUGCAGCACAGGCUAAGCAGGCUGGCAAAACUGUGGAGAAAAUUUCGGCCACCAAAUUGGCUUCGCAACUUUUGAAGGAGAAGGGUAUCUUUGGCCUGUACAAGGGUAUUGGAGCCACUGGCUUAAGAGAUGUUACCUUUUCGGUGGUGUACUUCCCCUUGUUUGCUACUCUAAAUACCUUUGGACCUAGACGUAAUGAUGGCUCAGGAGAAGCUGUUUUCUGGGUCUCCUUCUUGUCUGGCCUGGCUGCUGGUUCAUUUGCUGCUCUCUUUGUCAAUCCCUUCGAUGUGGUAAAGACACGUUUGCAGGCUAUUAAAAAGGCCGAUGGUGAGAAGGAAUUCAAGGGCAUUAUGGAUUGUAUAUCAAAAACCAUGAAAUACGAGGGUCCAACAGCAUUCUUCAAGGGUGGCUUGUGCCGUAUGAUAGUCAUUGCCCCACUCUUUGGCAUUGCCCAGACGGUAUACUUCUUGGGUGUGGCCGAGGGUCUGUUGGGCAUUAAGAAAUCUUAAGAAGCCAGUUACAAAUUUAAGGAAACUAUAGCAUUUCCAUUGAAUGUCGUCCUCUGUAACAAAAACAAAAAAAAAAAAAACAAUGCUGUAUAGUCAAAGUGUUAUUUGUGGAGCUCAAUUCGCCUUGUUAUCGCCUAAAGGAAAACUAACAACACCUCAUUUGUUUUGUUUGAUUUGUUUUAGUUGUAGUUUAAUUAAGAAUACAGGAUAUGCUUUUAAAAAGUGUCACAUUACGUUCCCCCCCUUUGAUUUUUUCUAAAGAUACCAACACCAUUUUUUAUGUUUUUUUUUUUUUUUGAAUAUUUUUCUUUUUCUUUGUCAAUUUUAAGACAUUCCAACUUGAUGUGGGAAAAUCAAAUCAAAUAAAUUGUUGUUUUGUCUCUCUA